ACGUUUCCCUCAUGUCCUGAAAACCUUUCUCCAACACUCUGUGUAAAUAAUACACGCGGUUCUAUUCAGAUCUCAGGAGAAAUCUAUAUAACGGAGGUUUUCUGAGAAGUGACUCUGGUUUGGACAUGUGAAUAACAAGUGGGGAAGAAACUCGAGCCGCAAAGGAGAUAUUAUUAUUCCCAUAAUCCCAUGUAAAAUUAUCGAGAUUUAUUGCUACAAUUAUGGUAAUCCAUUCUCAAAUGUCUGCUGGGAGAAAGGACAGGUUUGUCAUUGUGGGAUCGUGAGAACAGGUUCACAGCGCUGGAGUAGCCGUCUUUGUACUGUACUGUACUGUACACGGAGAACCUUAUGGUAAACAUACACCUGCGCAGCAACACAAGAUCAACUGUACACAGGAUUCACAAUGCUACACUGACGCCAACCUGGAAACAAUCGUGUUUGAUCUAAAUACCUUUCUUAGCUAAUAAUGUAAAAUAAUGGUAUUUAAUAUUAACUGGAUUAACGUCCAUGUGCUGCCGCAGGGAUAAUGCAUACCUGCGUGCAGGUGCACCAAUUUAGAAGGCUAUUACUUUUCAUAGAAAUAUCAUGAAUAACUGGUUAAACAAAACAAUGAGUCAUGAACAGUUUCAUCCUCAUAUACAAUGUGCUUAAUAGAUUUGUAUUACAGUAAAAACCUGUAAAUGCGCAUGAAAUGAUUGCACCAGCUGGCGUUCAUUUUAACUUAGCCUUGUUUUAACGUCCUUUCUAAUUCGGGGAUGGGGGGUUACAUUCUACAAACUUUUUAAGGUUUGCACCAGCGGAAUGUAGGCACCGUAUGCUAUGAUAUGAUUCGAAAGACUAUUUGGCACCACUUGGACACAUUAGUCGAACUUCGGUCUCCUCCUCCACAGGUAAAUUGACACACCCAGUGAUGGACUGACGAAACCUAAAUGUACCUGCAUAACAUCGACUGACCGGUAGGAAAGUUUCAGUUGCGUCCGAGAUGAUCACUAUUUUACUAACUCGUAAUGUAACAUGAUUUGAUUUACAUACGCGCAAUGAUUCUUCCAUGGAGUUUGCUAACGAUUUUUAGUUUGGUGUACCACGCGGAAUCGAAAUGCUCUCCGACCUCUUACUAUAAAAACUGUUGGAUACGUCGGUUCCCUGGGAUUUUUAUCGAUAUUGAAGAAUCCCAACGAAGAGGAGCACAACUUUUGAAGUACUACCAAGAGGAGACAGCUUUGAAAUGCAGCCGAACAUGUUGCCUCACCAGAAACUUUUCCUGUAAUCUGGCUAUAUUCCACUAUGACACCAUCCAGGAGAAUGUAAACUGCUAUCACAUGCACUGUCCUACACUGGAAAGCUGCAUUCUUAGUCACAGAGGAAACGUUAUACUUUAUAACGUCACUAAAGGUGUGGACCCUGACUUGCUGGUGUUUGGGAAGUACUUCACCUCUAAUGUGCGGGUGUUACCCCACCUCUACACCAGAGGCAACGCCUCAGAGCCCCUCGCCUCGGACAAGCGCCAGUUCAACCGCCCACCUCCACCCCCACCCCAGCCUUUAACCCCAGCUCCAACCUCUACCCCCUCCAGUACCCCCUCCAGUACCCCCUCCAGUACCCCCUCCACUCCAACCUCUACCCCCUCCAGUACCCCCUCCAGUACCCCCUCCACUCCAACCUCUACCCCCUCCAGUACCCCCUCCAGUACCCCCUCCAGUACCCCCUCCACUCCAACCUCUACCCCCUCCAGUACCCCCUCCAGUACCCCCUCCACUCCAACCUCUACCCCCUCCAGUACCCCCUCCAGUACCACCUCCACUCUAAUUUCCACCUUUACCACCUCAACACCCUCCUCCAUCACCUCGACCCUCUUCACUCCAACCUCCACCCCCACCACUCCCCCCUACCUUACCUCCACUCCUGGCUCAGCCUCUUCCCCUUACUACUCCUCCACUUCCUCCCUCUCUUCCACACCCGCCCCUCAAGCCACCCACGCUCCCACCACCUCCCCUGCCAUUCCUCACACCGCCCAGACCUCAGCCCUUCUGGUCUCCACCCUCAUGGAUCCCCUCCCCAAGCACCCCACCUCCACCCAGCCUCCCAGCUCCACUGUCACCCAGCCUCCGCCUUCCACCUCCACCCAGCCUCCCACCUCCACCCAGCCUCCGCUUUCAACCUCCACCCAGCUUCCCACCUCCACCUCCCAGGUGGCCCCCAGCACCCCACCCACUCUGACCUCCCAGUCCAACAUGGAUGGAAGCAAACAGCACCCCAACGACACCAAGGGUUACCUGGGGAGGAACCACACAGCCGGGAGCGAGGGGACCCUGGGGGCCGGCGGAGAGGAGGAGGCCCAGGGAGGGGGCCCGGGCCCCCCAUGGCACCUGGCGGCGCACACCCUGCUGGUUGCCGUGGCGACCUGCGUGACGGUGUUGCUGGGCUGCUGCUGCUCUCUGCUGGUGGUGGUGAGCUGGCGGGGGCGACGGAGGAGGAAGGGGUGCUACCGGACGGUCUGGAGGGGCAGGGGGGGGUCCAUGCGCCUCGUCAAAUACGUCAUUGUUAGGGAGAGCUUGUGA